CGCUCUGCCGGGACGUGCCGCCGCUUCCCUGGCUCCUCCCAUGGCAUGAGCCCGGGCUCUCCUCCCCUCGCCGCCCGCUCGCGGUCUCUCUCCUUUCCUGGGCUGUCAGAUGGGAUAACGCGCUCCCGCCGGAAGGCGAAGAUGGGCCCGCGCUGGGCUCGGCGGCGGCGGAGCGGCGGCGGCUCUGCGCUGCUGCUGCUGCUGGGGCACUGCUGGCUGUGGGCGGCCGGCGCCGACGACAACGGCAGCCAGCUGUCGUAUUACACGGCCCUCAUCAACGUGACGGUGCUGAGCCCCGAGCGGGGCGGCCCCACGCUGCUCCGGAUCGACCGCGGCCGCUACGGGCAGGAUUCGCCCAAGGUGGAGGUGAAGGGCCUGCUGGUGACCCCGGUGCCCAUCAACGGAGUUGCAGAUCGCCUGGGCUGUGACCCUCGGACGCGUUUCCAAGUCCCUCCCAACACCAAGCAGUGGAUCGCUUUGCUGCAGCGAGGGAACUGUACCUUCCGAGAGAAGAUUCUGCGGGCAGCUUCACACAAUGCCACCGCCGUGGUCAUCUACAACAAUAUAUCCAGCGAGGAGCCCGUCACCAUGACUCAUCAAGGAACUGGAGACAUUGUUGCUGUAAUGAUUACAGAAUCAAAAGUAAAGGAGAUCCUGAAUUACUUGGAAAAGAACAUCUCUGUCCUGAUGGCCAUAGCAGUGGGUUCCCGUGUUCCUCUAAAGAACUUCAGUCGGGGCUCCCUAGUCUUUGUGUCAAUAUCUUUCAUUGUUUUGAUGAUAAUUUCUUCAGCGUGGUUAAUAUUUUACUUCAUCCAGAAGAUCAGGUACACGAGUGCACGUGAUAGGAAUCAGCGUCGCCUUGGAGAUGCUGCCAAGAAAGCUGUUGGUAAACUGACAACCAGGACAGUAAAGAAGGGAGAUAAGGAGACAGACCCAGACUUUGAUCAUUGUGCUGUCUGCAUUGAGAGUUACAAGCAGAACGAUGUUGUUCGCAUUUUACCGUGCAAGCAUGUUUUUCACAAAGCCUGCGUGGACCCGUGGCUCAGUGAGCACUGUACGUGUCCAAUGUGUAAACUGAACAUUUUGAAGGCCCUGGGAAUUGUGCCCAAUGUGCCGUGCACAGAUAACGUGGCCUUUGACAUGGAGAGGCUCAGCAGAAGCCAGCCUGCCAGCAGGCGCUCAGCGCUCGGCGACUUCGCCAACGACAGCUCCCUGAGCCUGGAGCCCCUGCGCACCUCCGGCAUGUCACAGCUUCCCCAGGAUGGGGAGCUCACUCCGAGGUCGGGAGAGAUCAACAUUGCUGUAACAAGCAGUCACUUCUUUCAUCGCAAUUCUCUGUCCCCUCGAAGUCUGGUCUACGAGAGUGAAUUCUCCACCAUCGAGCCUGCUUUGGACAUGUAUGACGAGAACAAAACCUGAAAGGAAUGCACAUUCCUUCCUGGCCCUCUUUCUGUUGUUUUCAUUUCUCAUUCCUAUUGUUGUGUACUCUUUCCAUGGAUCUCCUUUGUCUGAAGAAGAGCUGCUUUUUCCAGAACACGAGCCUGCCUUCUAGGUCACGGAGAUGAAGACAGCUGUGGUGGUUUCUGCGGGUGGCACCUCCGAGCGCAAGCAAGGUUGUCUGAUGGAAGUUGCUGAGUAACAGCAUGGGAGCUGUGUGGGCCCGGCCUCGGCGGUGCGGAAGAGGCUUUGCGGUGGUCCUAAGAGUUUGUUUUGUACUGCAAAUGCAUCUCCUCAACAGGGGUAUGCUGGUUUUAAUGGUCCAAAUUGCUGGGCAGAGUCAGAAAGGGAACUAGUUGCAAAGGAGCUGGCCGGUGACUG